AUGGGUAAACCAGCAUUUUCACCAGGUAGAGGUGGUGGUCGUGGCGGUGGCCGUGGCCGUGGAGGUGGUCGUGGCGGUGGCGGUCGCGGUGGUUUUGGAAGUCGUGGAGGAGGUCGUGGAGGUGGAGGUGGUAGAGGUGGAGGUGAUAGAAGAAGUGGUGGCAGAGGAGGUGGCUUUAAAGGUGGAAAGAAUGUAAUAAUAGAGCCGCAUCGUCAUGAGGGAGUAUUUAUAGCCAGAGGAAAGGAGGAUGCAUUAGUGACUUUAAGUUUAGUACCUGGAACAGCCGUAUAUGGGGAAAAAAGAAUCAGUGUAGAUACUGAAAAUGGUGAGAAAAUUGAAUAUAGAGUAUGGAAUCCAUUCAGAUCCAAAUUGGCUGCUGCUAUUCUUGGAGGUGUUGAUCAAAUUUAUAUGCCUCCUGGAAGCAAAGUAUUAUAUCUAGGUGCUGCAUCAGGUACCACUGUGUCUCAUGUUGCGGAUGUAGUUGGUCCAGAAGGGCUUGUAUUUGCAGUGGAAUUCUCCAACAGAACAGGCAGGGAUCUUAUAGAGGUCGCUAAGAAAAGAAGUAAUAUUAUUCCCAUAGUCGAAGACGCGAGGCAUCCCCAAAAAUAUAGAAUGUUGAUAGGAAUGGUGGAUACCAUUUUCUCGGAUGUAGCACAGCCGGAUCAAGCUAGAAUUGUUGCUCUAAAUGCACAAAAUUUCCUUAAGAGUGGCGGACAUUUUGUUAUUUCUAUUAAGGCGAGUUGCAUAGAUUCACUUUCACAACCCGAGGUGGUGUUCGCGUCGGAAGUGAAGAAACUAAUAGCUGACAACUUAAAACCACAGGAACAAAUCACUCUUGAACCAUAUGAAAGAGAUCAUGCUGUUGUAGUCGGUGUUUACAGGCCACCGAAAAAAACUACCUAAAAUAUAUAUGUAAUUAUUAAGAUUACUAAUUAUACUGAUUUAUAUCCAUUUCUAAUUUUUAUCUGCUACAUUAUAUAAUUAAUCGAAUGGAGGAAAUGGAAAAUACGAGAAUAUUUUAAGAUAAAAAAACAUGAUUU